ACCACAUCGAAAGUAUAUACAAAUGUACACAAUAAAAGUCAAGUGAAAAGAAAUUGUAAAAAAAUACAAAAAUCCAGACAAAUUUGUAAAAAACAAUAUUUUAUUGGAAAAAUAUUUAAAAAAUUGCAUACUUAAAUGCAAAUUGGUUUAUAGUGAUAAGAUCUAACUUAAUUUUUUAAUAAUAAUCGAAAUAAAAGUUUAUAUAGUGAAUAAAAGACCAAAGCGAAGUUGAGACAAAAGAAAAUUGUACAAACAAUAGAAAAAUCGGUAAAAAUGGCCACCACCGCUGAUUUACCAAGCUCCAAUGAGCGACACUAUUAUGCCAAAUUGGAGGCCAUAAAAGAUAUACGCGAUAAAACUGUUGCAUUGGAAAAAUUAAAAGUACGCAUUAUUAAGGAGGUUAAAUUGAGUGAUGAUGAGGAUAAAUGUCUGGAUGAGUACCGCAAGGAAUUGGAACAUUUGUUGGAGGAGAAGAUGUCGCACGUCGAAGAGUUGCGUCAAAUUCAUGCCGACAUCAAUGAUAUGGAAAAUGUUAUAAAACAAACGAAAGAGAAUCAAACGCGUUCGGUAGAUAUGGCUAAUCGACACUAUGAGGAAUAUUUGGCUUUAAAGUAUCAAAUAGAUCAUAUGCGUCGUGACUACUUGGGCUUGAGUCCGCUGAGAGAUUUACAUGAAGAGGAGGGUAGUCCUAUAUCAAAAGAUCGUUUUCCCACAAACUUUUUAAAAGUUGCCGCACAAAGUGCGGCCGCUGCAGCUGCUGCUUCUACACAAGCCUCAUCCUUGGCUAGACCCCAUCCGCGUCAUCCAUUGAUGCCAGAAGCGACUGUUACUGCCUUGCCGCCUUCUGCUCCCAAUAGUGUUGGUUCCAAUCCAGGAGCACCACCCACUGGUGGUCAUGCUUUUAUGCCGCCAGCUCCUCCAGGCUCUGGUUCAAAUGCUUCGGCCGCUGUACGUUUGGGUAAAGGUGAUUUUUCUGCACCGCCUCCACCACCACCGCCCUCAAGUCGCCUGCAACAAGCUCCUUCUAUAGGUUUAGGACAUCAUCCUACUUUCCGUUCUGAUUUCAAUGUUAACUUAAGACAACAACCACCUCCAAUGAAAUCGUGUCUUUCAUGUCAUCAACAAAUACAUCGUAAUGCACCCAUUUGUCCAUUGUGUAAAGCCAAGUCUCGUUCGCGUAAUCCCAAGAAACCAAAAAAGAAAAAUAAUUAAUUGAUAUUUUCAACGACACAGUAACGAAAGAGUUGAGUGCUUAAUAAUAGCAGUAUUGUUAUGUAAGUGAAUAUAUAAAUAUCGAAGAUAUCGAUUAUUAUGUGGGACAUAAUACACUUCUAAUUAUAGUUUUUAAAUCCUGUUUAAUUUAUGUUAUAAGCACGAGAAAUUCAUUUCGUUAAAACGGGAUCGUAAAUACGAAUGUCACUUUUUAUAUUUUUCCAAAACAGAUUAUUUAAGAUUUAAGUAAACCCACUAUUUAAUAUUAAAAUAGAUUUGAGUACAAAACUUUAUUUACGAAUUCAUAUACUAUUUUAUAAAGAAUACAUAAAUAUAUGUACGUAUUUACAACCGAUCAUUUAAAAAAGGCAACUAAGUUAUUGUUGGUAUUGGUUUUGUAUUAAAUUCAUCAAUGAAAAAACAGUUUUUUUAUAAAAAUAAAUAAAUAUUCGGUAUUAGGCAGGCCUGAUCCCACAAAGUACUUACUCUCUUUACAUAUGGAUUAUAGAAUUUUUGAAAACUUAAAAAAUAUUUCAACUUUUAACCAGCAUUUUUGUAUUUGAAAAUUAAGAUACAUUUAUAUAAAGCUUAUAAAAAUUUCCAAAAACAGCUAUUAUUAAAAACUCAACGUUGAACAAUUGCUUUUAAUUAUUAAUAUUUUUGCCAAUUUUUACAGCUACGGAUCUUUAAUAUACAUACUAAGUUAAUUUUAAUUCUAGGUUUGCAGUAUUAUUAACAUCUACAUUUUUGUAUUUAACUAAUUAAUACUUUGAAAUUAAAGUACUAACCAUAAAAUAUGUAAUACAUCGUUUAUUUGCGCUGUCAAUCGUACUUAAUUACAAUACAUACACAUGUAUAAUUUUUUAUAUUCUUGCCAAUAAUAAAAAUAAUUAAUAAUUUAAUUAUACUGCUAUAUUAUUAAACAUAUAUAUUUUGUUUAUUAUAAACAUUUUUUAUUAAUUUUAUUUUUUAGUUCCUUUUUUAAAGAAUUUCUAUUUUAUAUUUAUAAGUUUUUUUACCACUAAAUUUUAAUUAUGUUUAUAACAAAACUCUUAUUUUAUCUAAUGCUUAUAAUGUGUCAAAUAAUUUAAAUACUUUUUGUACUACAUAUUUACAAGAUUAAAUAAUAAAUUUAAAAAUAA